GUGUGAAGUGACGUUUACCCCAAUACCCUACUACUAUUACUAACUGUGUCGUACUAAUAUUAUUGACACAAGACUCAAGUACAUCUUUCCUGAAACAGUUAAGAAUUUGGAUCUUUUCUUGCCUGGAAUUUGUCGUGUUGUUUGGAGGAAGGAAGAGGAACCAACCUAGAUCAGAAAAAAAUGAAGGAAGCUCAGGUUUCUAAAGGCACGGUGGUUGUGAUCAAGGAUGUCGAGAUUCCACAGCCGGGUCCCAAGCAAGUCGUUAUCAAAGUCGUAGUGAGCGGAACUAAUCCUAAGGACUGGAAACUCCCUGAAGUUGGCAUACAAAAUGAUGCCAACACAGGUGAUGAUAUCGCCGGCUAUGUGCACAGUGUGGGAUCCGAAGUCUAUGAGUUCAAGCCAGGAGACCGCGUUGCUUCCUUCCACGAAAUGAUGACUCCCGGCGGUAGCUUCGCAGAGUACGCUGUAGGCUGGCAACACACGACCUUCCACAUCCCCAAAUCCGUGUCCUUUGAAGAAGCAGCUACCAUUCCCCUCGCCGCCAUGACAUCAGCAAUCGGCCUACAAUUGCGACUCGGUCUCCCCGACCCAUGGACCCCCGUGUCAGACGGCAAAAAACUGCCCCUCGUCGUGUACGGCGGCGCCAGCGCCGUCGGCGCCUUCGCCAUUAAAAUCGCCCGCAAAGCAAAUAUCCACCCCAUCAUCGCCGUUGCAGGCCGCGGUAUAUCGUACGUUGAAACACUACUCGACCGCUCUAAGGGCGACACAAUCGUCGAUUACCGCGGCGGCGACGACGCCGUUGUAAAAGGGAUCCGAGAUGCGCUCCAAGGAGAGAAGCUUACACAUGCUUUGGACGCCGUGUCCGAACACAGCUCGUAUCUUAACAUCGCAAAGGUACUUGAACCCCAUGGAACGAUUGCGCUCGUCUUGCCUGGCAAGGAGUACAAGGAUUUACCGGAGACUGUGACGGUUACUAUGACGAUGGUGGCCUCGGCGCAUGCUGAGGAUGCGGAUUUUGCGCAUGUCAUGUUUAGGUGGAUGGCGAGGGGUUUGCAAGAAGGGUGGUUUAAGGGACAUCCGUUUGAGGUUGUGCCGGGGGGGUUGCAGGGUGUAGAGACAGGAUUGAGGAAUUUGAAAGAGGGGAAGGCGAGUGCGGUUAAGUAUGUUUAUAAGAUUGGAGAGGAGUGAGGGAAGUUGUGAGGGUGGGAGGUAAGAAGAGAGGGGGUUUGUGUGUAUUUGAGGGUUGAGGGGUGAUGAGAAGAAUUUUGGGUAUGGUAUGUGUCUUGUGUGAAUCCAUGGAAAGCUGCGUAUCAUUCUUUCUUUUUGGAUUCAGCGACAUGGUUUACCUGAUUUAGAAUGGUGACGUGAAAUAUCUAUACGUAUCAUUGCAACUACCAAUUUCUAUACGUUUGCUUUGAUGAAAAUAUUUAGCAAUCCUUGGCUACAGCAACGUACAGUUG